UUUCUAUGCACUGUGACCACGCAGCUUGUUGUGCGUGACCCCACCUUCUGCUCUUCAGCCUUCUCCCCUCCUCCACACGGUUUGUUCUCCUAAAAAGAAGAAAUCUAGUCACUUUGGUUCCGAUCCACCUCUGCCGUCCGAAAGGCUCAUGCGAUGCGACUCGUUCGUGCGGGGCCCAAGAAGAAGGAACAAGCUGAUCGGAGAUGAUGGAUUACUCCAAGGGGCAAAUGUCCGGUUUAUCAGAGGAAAGCAGCUCUGCAAGGUGCCCCCAGUCUAGUCCUGCUGGCUUGAAGCUGGAGGCGUUGAUGGAGCAACUCCAGAGACAGCAAGAAGCCAAACAGGACGUGAACCUACAGGAGAAACAUCUCCUUCAAGCUCAGCUCCUCUUUGCUCAACACGCUGCUGCGGCGGCGGCCAGGGUCCAGUCUGGCUGCAGGCCAGAUCUGUUCGCCAAAGGAGGAGGACUAGCUCAGCAAGCUAGCAACAACAAUCCAAGCCGAGUUAACACUGGGGAAGAGGAGGAGGACGAGGGUGAUGGUGAGGAUGAUGAUGAUGAAGAUGAUACUGAUGAGGAGGAGGAGGAGAUGGCGGCGGAUGUGGAUGAUCAGCAGGCCCAAAAACCUCGACUGCAGCAGGUUCCGGGCCUCCCUUUCAUUCCUUUUUCUGAACCGGCGGCCGGCAAGUCAUCAUCUCCGCCUGUAGCCGUGAAGCAGGAGCAGGAGGAGAAGGAGUUGCUGUCUCCCGUCCGCUUUCCUGCCUACACGUCGGCCAACGGCUUCACUGACUGGUCCUACGACGAGCCCCUGAAACAGAGGGCUCCCAUCUGGGCUGAGGACAACGAAGCAGGCCGCGGAAGAGCAGAACCGUCCAGGGACUUUGCAAAGCUAUAUGAACUCGACAAUGACCCCCAUCGCAAGGAGUUUCUCGAUGAUCUGUUUGUCUUCAUGCAAAAACGAGGUACGCCUGUCAACCGUAUCCCAAUUAUGGCCAAACAAGUGCUGGACCUCUUUAAACUCUAUAAGCUGGUGACAGAGAAGGGAGGCCUUGUGGAGGUCAUCAACAAGAAAAUCUGGAGGGAGAUCACAAGAGGUCUCAAUCUCCCAACGUCCAUUACCAGCGCUGCUUUCACACUCCGCACGCAGUAUAUGAAGUACCUGUACCCUUUCGAGUGUGAAAAGAAGGGUCUGAGUUCUCCAGGGGAGCUGCAGGCGGCCAUCGACAGUAACCGUCGAGAAGGUCGUCGUCCCAGCUACACCAACAGCCUGUAUCGCUACUCGCCUUCUCCCAAUUCCGCUCCGCACAAUCUUCUCUCCCCGCCCACCGUGCAGGCCCCCACGUCUGGACAUAACACUUCCAGUCAGUCAAUUAGCCCAAACGUUAAGAAAAAUUUAGAUGAAGCCUCAACUCCAGUGAUCCCCAGUCGGAUGCCCAUGGCGCUGGCACUUGGGCAGCAUCAACAUCAUCAUCAACAACAACAACAGCAGCAGUUGGCCCAAGCAGCCACUCUGGAGCAUCUUCGAGAGAGGCUAGAGCGCGCCGAAGGCCCGGAGAAGAAAAUGAUGCGUCUGGCGGAGGAACAGCAGAGGCUAAUGCAGCAGGCCUUCCAACAGAACCUCCUGGCGAUGGCCUCCCACUUUAACCCCCUUAACCUGAAGCUCAACAAUGGUCAUGAGAACAAACAGGAUUUGUCUCUGAGUAUUUCAACUAAUGGAGCGGCCAGUAUCAGCGUGUCUGUGGAAGUCAACGGCACCAUGUACUCAGGAACACUCUUUGCUCAGAAGUCUGCUGCUCCGGUGGUAUCGCAGGCUGUAAACCAAGCAGGGACGAGCGGUUUCAGUGCCUUCUCCUCCUCCCACAGCCCCUCAUCUUCUUCCUCUACCUCUUCAAAGGGUCCAAAUUAAAAAUUAAUUUUUGUGGCUUUUUUCUUUUAAUUUUUUUUUUUAACUCUGUACCAUUAUCACGAAGUGGUAUAGAUGGUAGUUGCUUCCUUGUCAGGCAAGAGCCGUUUAAAAUGUCUGCUAGUAGGUUUCGUUUCUUGUUCUUUCAGUCAAGCAGCUCAGUCCGUCAGCCUCGACACACUCGAUAUUUUUUACCAUACAUUUUCUGUUAGUUUGCAUUCAUACUGUAUUGUUAAGCGUGUACCCUCAGGAAGUUACUAGAUGUAACUUGUUAAGCUUAGUUCCUGAUGUGAGCUUUUUUUGGAAUUGUAGUGAUGUUCACGUAAAAGUGUCUUUUCAGUGCUAAGAGAAUCAACUGUGUUUUUGCGAAAUCUCUAGCUAGUUUAUCAUCCUGUUCCGAUGCCAAUAGAACAGCAGUGCUGCCAAAGUGAAGACCAAAAGAAGCCUUAGCUCAGUGUCAUAGUUCUGUUUCGUGUUCAGUAUAUACACUAUAUAUGAUUUAACUCGAUAUGUGGCUGGUAGUUGCGAGUAGUUUCCAAUGAAAUUUCAGGGAAAUUUUACACUUUCAGGUACCACAGGACAAUUUGAAAUUAGAGGGAUUUUUAGAAACAUUUGCUGGUUGUAGUUUGUAUUUUAUUUUCUUUAUUUAAUUAUUGUAGUUCUGCCUUGAACAUAUCUGCUGAUAGUUGUUUGUGUAGAAGAAAUGCCAUACUUACCUCAUUUGAAAAGUUGUUUUGGGUGGAAAUUUCUGUACUCAGGAAUGUCUGCUGGACCUGUAACUGUGCUGUUAUGUAUUUUUGUAUAGGCGACGAAUGUAUCAUUACUGACCUCACGUUGGACUGAACCAGUGCUACCUCAAUCCUCGAGAGAAAUAUGCAAUUGUUAAAGCAGCAAGAGCUGAUGUAGCCAUCUGCUGACAUGUACUGUAGGCGGACAAUCAAGUAAAAUUGCAAACUAAAUGUUACUGAGAAUUUGACAAGUGUAAACAACAAGGCCCUGUGUUUGCUCUUUGAAAACAUUUGGUGGAUGUAUGGUAAUGUGGAAUUAAAAUAAUAACGUGUGCUGUCCAAUGGUUCUU